AUGUGGAUGAAUGGUAGUCGGUGGAUGUAUGUAUCUCGCAAGAUUGGGGAUGAAGUAAAAGCAUUCAUUUUCUGUGGAACGUGGGCUGCCAUUACUCGUGGGGCACAUGAUAGGACAGUCCACCCUGAUAUUGCUAGGGCAUCAUCCAUCUUCCCACCAAUAGAUCAUUUCCUAAAAACAUGUUAUUCUACAGUUGAAAGAUGGUGGCUCCAGGAAGGCAAGCACGUAACAAGAAGAUGUUUGCUUGAUCACAAAUCACUUGCCACACCGAAGCACAUGGCGAAAGGAAACCGUGAGGCUGCACCAAGCCGUGUUGCAGCAGUACUAGCAGCAACAGGCUCCUCAAGGCCAUCCAUUUUACGGCAAGCAAUGAACAUGCAGCAGAGGACACAGUCAAGCUUGUUGAAUGGUGCUAGCGGCAACAUAGUUUGCUGCGCAACUGCAUUUGCUACUGCAGAGAUGUUCAUAGGGUUGCAUAAAUUGAGCAACACAUUAAGUGAAGCUAUUGCAAAACUUGACGAUGAUUGUGAAAAGUCUACCAAGGAGAGGAAGGAAUUUAAGGUGUUUUUCUUGGAGCCUGGGAGGAUUGGGGCUUUUGGGAAAGUUGGAGCUGCGUUUAUGAAUUUCACUAUUUUGAUUGAAACAAAGGGGAGUAAAGGAAUUGGUGCAUGGAUCACUUUAGAUGGAAAAAGAAUGGAAGUAUUGGAGAAUGAUCCUGAAUUCCUAAAAUAUGCAAUCCUGAAUACCAAAAUUACAAGCAGCCAGCAAAUUGCCUGA